UCAGGACACAGUUGUAGCAAUACAGGCACUUGCAGAAAACGGAAUUAACCAAGCACAUGUUACGAAACAGUUGGGGAUACAAAUCAAUGUUUUUGGAAUUGGCUUCAUGCACUCAUUUAAUAUAACUCAAAUGAAAUAUGAUUCCGUGCACCAGAUCGAGAUGCCUGCAAACUUACAGAAUGUAGUGAUACAGGCUGCUGGAGAAGGAAUUGCUGUUGUUGACGUUGCUCAAUCAUACUAUGUUAACAGUAGUAGCAGUAAUGGAACUUUCAUCGCUGUGGCUUCAGAUUUUGAGCAAGAUUCGCUAAAUACACUGAUCUUGAAAACCGUUAUUAGGUGGAAUGGAACUUAUGUAAGUCGAAUGAUUCUGAUGGAAAUUGAAAUGCCAACUGGAUUUGUUGCUGACCAUGAUUUCUUUAUAAAACAAUCUAAAGUUAUGAAACACGAAAGCAUCGGAAGGACACUUGUUGUGUAUCUCUUUGGGAUUGCACAGAACAGCGAGACGGUAGUGAAAGUGAAAUUUGACAGGUCCGAACCCGUUGUCAAAAACCAGGGAGGCAUCAUUACUGUAUACGACUAUUAUGAACCUAAUCAGCGAGCCAUUGCACGUUAUGAGUCAGACGUGUUGAAGAGAGCCAAAAUAUGCGAUGUUUGUCCAUUGUGCUUAUUCUGUACAGGAUUUUCGGCUUUCUCUCAAAUUGGGAUUGGAAAAUAAUCGAAAUCGGCAUGCAUUUAUUUGAGAUAUACUUUAAUGGUCAAAUCUUAAUAAACAUGCAGUCUA